AUGACAUACAAACCUGCUGAGACGCCCCUUCUAAUGCUCGCGAAGAGUGCAGCAGUUAUGAGGGUUGAGGUGCUCCUGGAGCAGGGCUGUGUGCAAUUUGAAACAUGGACGGGACGUAGAUGCCCGAAGCAUGUCGUGUCGAAGAGUGUGUUGGAGAAAUAUUUUGCAGCU